GUGACCUCGACCGCCUUGGCUACGUGUUAGUAAGAGUCAGCUUGAACAACGCGGAGUAGCUGGACGUAUGGGGUUCGUCGCCGCAACCAGAUCUCAAUUACAAUAAUAGCUCUACUUUCCCUCCUUUACUCUUUCAUUUGCAGGCACCUUUCUUGUAGGGAGAAGAGCGACCGUCAUCCUUUAUUUCGAGCUCUUACUCCCGCCCGCGAUGCGCCCUGACUAGGCUACUACUUAUCUUCGAUACGCUUCUUCCCCUUUGUCGACUGUUUGGUCCGCUUGGAAUCUAGCUUACGACCCGUCAUGGCAUCACGAUUCCCACGCCAGCGCGAUCCCCGAGCCGCCCCUUCGCUCUUCGACUCCUACGGUGGCGAUUCCCGGCCAGCGAGCAAGUCGCCUGGUCGUGUAGGCGGAUACGGCUAUGGCGGAUACCCCGGUGCGAGCGAUGGGUCGAUGAAUGGGACGCCUGGUGGAUAUCGGUCCGCGACGCCGGACAAAAAGGGCCAUUACUCUGAUGCCGUCCUCUCGCAUUUGGAAUCUCAGAAUGACGCCGAGGUCGAAGGGAUUACUGCCAAAGUGAAGAUGCUCAAAGAUUUAUCCGUCGCCAUCGGGGACGAAAUCCGCGAUAGCUCCAGCCUGGCUGAGACGCUGAAUAACGCCUUUGAUAAUACCCGUGUUCGUGUUCGGGGGAACAUGAACCGUAUGCUCCGUAUGGCGGAACGGACCGGAGUGGGCUGGCGUGUGUGGCUGCUCUUCUUUCUGGCAGUCUUCCUGAUCUUCUUCUACGUUUGGUUGUUCUGAACGGGUUGACUACUAGAAGCCCUGGCCGGUUCUCUAGGCCUAAUAACCUCACUUGAACACAUUACCCCGACACAGCUGCGGAUAUAUGCCUGCAGACGUGGACUCCUAAUUCCGCCGCAACUACAAGUCAUAAUACCUACAAUCCCGUCGCGUUCACAUCAUCCGGCAGUUUAUUGGAAUGUACAGCACCUCCACUGUACCGCAUGAACAUGUCUCUCCCUCGUUCAAGCGUCGUCGUCGAUCACCACACCACAUGACCUGUCGUGAUUCCACGCGCCGCCUUCACUCUACAUAAUACUUACCAUCUAUCGAUGCAUCUUUUGGUGUUUGUGUAAGCCCGUCUGCAAAGCGUGGCUUGAUCUUUGGUUUUUUUAGUACAUUGUACAUUCUACUGUAUAUAUUACUCUGAGAAAAGUAACGUUUUACUCACUGUCCUUCUGAUAUUUUGCACGGUUUGUGUCUUAGCAGCUCAGCUCUGAUAUAUAUAGUGCAUAGAGCUAUGGUUCUUAGAAACAUGAAA